AUGGGAAUGGAUCUUUCUAGACUUUGCCUGCCCUUUGAUACUGCUACAAGUCAGCAUUCCGACCUCCUAUGGCCGAACACCCCAGACCUCAGCCAGUCUGCUCUUUCAGGGAGCCCUGGUCUACGAUUUAGUUUCUCAUUCGAUAAUAUGAUACUGAAGGAUGGUGGUGGAAUUGACUCCGAAACCAAUGUACCCAGCUCUGUCCAAAGAAGUAUCGAUCUGGGCGGCCUCGCAGCUACAACCUUCGCUGAGGAAGGUGGUAUCCUUCUUCAGCCUGACUUUGAGUUUGACGAGGAUGGCAAUCUCAUCGAGCUUGGAGAGGCGCAUCACCAAACGGCAAAGGGAAGAAUGAGUCGACGCGCCAGUGAAGCACCACUCCAGAGUGAAGCGGCAAAUAUUGUCGAUGCCCAUCGAUGA